AUGUUUGGGGAUUUCGCCCGGGCGCUUCUGCACUGCCGGGAUCUAGCCCAGGGAUCACAGAUCCACAGCGCGAUCCUCGAGAGCAAGCACCGGCGCAGCGUCUACCUUGCCAAUCUCGCGCUCAACAUGUACAACAAAUGCGGCAGCCUCGAUCUGGCACGGAGAUCCUUCGACGCAAUCGCAUUGCCGGACAUCUACUCGUGGAACACGAUGAUCGCGGCAUAUGCCACAGCCGCGCAUCCACUGCAAGCCAAAGAACUCUUCGAUGGGGCGCCGCAGAGAAAUGUAGUGACCUGGAAUUCCCUUUGCAGUGCCUACGCAAGAGCAUUGGAUUGCGAUCACGCGCGAGACUUGUUUGUUCGAAUGCCGCAGAGAGCCACAAUCUCCUGGAACACCGUAAUCGCAGUGAAUGCCCAAACUGGGCAUCUUGAAAGAGCGAAGCAUUACUUUGAAACGAUGCCAGAGAGGAGCGCUGUGUCUUGGAUCACGAUGGUCACGGCCCUGGGACAGAAUUCCUGGGAACAAAAACAAGAUCAUGUCUUUGAUCUGUCGCUGGCGCUGGAAUUCUUCCGCCGGAUGCCGGAGUGGGACGCCAUCGCUUGCAAUGCCGCCUGCAAAAUCCACAUCCAGCACAGGGAUCUCGACGCCGCGAGGAAGAUCUUCGAUCUCAUGCCGACCCGGGACUUGAAUUCCUGGAAUCUGAUGAUCACGGGAGCUGGGCAGCUCGGGCAGCUCCAGGAAUCCAAGAGACUGUUUGAUCUUGCGUUGGGGAAGAACUCUGUGACCUGGAACUUCAUCGUCGCCGCCUUCUCCAAGGCGGGCUAUGUUCCGGAGAUCCGGGAAAUAUUCCAAAAGAUGCCACACCACUCGAUCGUCGCGGGAACCGCAGUGAUCGACGCCCUUGCCCAGAGAGGGCAUCUGGAGGAUUCGAAGAGCGUGUUUGAUGCGAUGCCGGAGAUCGACACUGUCGCUUGCAAUGCGAUGCUGUCGGCGUACUCGCAAACUGGAAGACUAAAUUCCUGCAAGGAGUUCUUCGAUCAAUCCAUGCCGGAGAAGAACGAUGUCUCGUGGACUGCCCUCGCUACCGCAUUUGCUCUCUCUGGGCAUGUUGAUUUUGCGCACCGGGUGAUCGAUCGAAUGCCCGAGACCGAUCCAAUCGCGUGGAGCGUUCUCUGCCAGGGCUACGCUGCGAGCGGAAAUCUGGAUUCAUCGUCUCGAAUCUUUGCUUUCAUGCCCAGCAGCGAUCUCCCUUCGAGGAACGUGAUGAUCGCGGCAUUUGCUCGCAAUGGGGAUCUUGCCGGAGCCCGGCUCGUCUUCGAUGAGACCCCAGUCUCGUCUCGAUCCGGCGCGUGGAGCACGAUGUUCCAGGCGUAUGCGCGAAGUGGGCAUCUCGAUCCGGCGAAAGCCCUCUUCGAUUCCAAGCGCGAGCUCCACUCGAUCGUGUCAUGGACCGCAAUGGUUGCCGCCUACGCGCGCUGGGGAGAGGCCGCCGCGGCGAAAGCUGUGCUGGAUCGAAUGCCCGAGUGGGACGUGACAGUGUGGACGAUCGUGGUGUGUGGAUUCGCCGACAAUGGCGAGCUCCAGGAGGCCCAGCGCCUGUUUGAUCGAAUACACGAGCCGGAUCUUGUGCUGUGGACCAGCUUGAUGGCGGCGUACACGCGCAAUGGCAAGAUCCGCGAGGCCGCGACGAUGUUCCGCCAGGCGCGCUGGAUCCCCGACCCAAUCCUCUGGAGCGUGAUGCUCGCGGGCUUCGCCCAUCACGGCCACCACCGCGACGCCAUCGAUCUCUUCCGCGAGAUGCUGCUCCACGGGAUCCGGGCGGACGAGAGCGCGCUGACGACGAUGCUGCUGGCGCACGGCGCGGUUGGAUCCAUCGCGCAGGCGCACGAAUGUUUCGCCGCGAUCUCCCGCGACUUUGGGCUGGAUCAUCCGUCGCUGGGGCACUACACGGCGAUGAUCGAUGCGCUGGGCCGGGCUGGGGAGCUCGGGGACGCCGAGGGCCUGGUGGAUUCGAUGCCGGUGGCGCCGGGGAGGAUCAGCUGGGGGAAUUUGCUGACGGCGUCGUGGAUUCAUGUGGAUGCCGGGCUGGGCACCCGCGCGGCGGAGCACAUCUAUGCCCUGGAGCCGGAGAAAUCCGCGCCCUAUGUGACUCUGGCCAAUAUCAACGAGCUCACCAUCGAUUGA